AUGGCAGAGGUUGUGGCUGCUCCAUUGGAUCUCGAUGGGAAAGCCAUGACGGCCCAAGUGGUUGAGUUCAUUGGUGGAAUAACCCUUGGAGCCAUCCAGACUUUGGGAGAGGCUAUGGACCGCUGCACUGUGGACGACGAUGACAACUCAGAGUUUUACGAUGCGGACGAGGAGCCGCAGGGAGACAGAAGUAGUCCUCCUCCUGGCCCAGUUGGGGCUUCCUGUGAAGAACUGACUCAGCCGGCAGGUGGCGAGGCCGAGGAGUCAUCUGGUCCUCUCUGUGAUGCUGACGGGUCAUCAAAGCAACAGGAGUCUGCAGUAUGCGAAGAGUUACCCAAGAGCCUUUAUGACAGUCAGGCACAGGAAGAAACAGACAGAAGUCUGUGUGAUGAAAGAGAGUGUGAGUCACCAGGUUCUGAAAGUGCCGUGUCAACUGAGUUUCUUGGUGCUGAAACUCAGAUGCUGGGUCAGCUACAGAGUGGUGUGCCUGUAAGCUCAGGAAAUGAGGAAUCGGAAGAAUCAGAAGGUGAACCCCUCGGCUUGAUAACUGCCGAGUCAACUCAGCCUACGCGUGCAGAGAGUGAGAAACUACCCGAGACUCAGAGCGAUGACGAUGAAUCUAGAUGUCCAAAAACAGAAGACUCAGCUGAAUCUUCCCGUAUGGGGAAAGAUAUGUGUACUCAGUCUUUAGUGGCUGAGAGUGAAGAGUUGGCCCAGCCUGAGAGUACAGACAGAAAAGCUAAGUCAUCGUUGAAUGAAGAGAGUAAAGAGUCCAGUCAGUCUACAUGCACUGAAAGUGGCGAAUCACUUAAAUAUGCCUCUAAUGUUGAAGAAUCAGAACCAAAUAUGAAACCAGAGAAUAUGUCAGUCCAGUCUGUGUGUACUGAGAGUGGAGAAACAAUCCAACCUUUGUGUGACCACAAACCAUCAGAACUACCUUUGUGUCAGGCAGAUGAGGAACUUGUCCCAUCUUCGUGCCCGGAGAGUGGACAAUCAACUCUCUCAGGAUCAAUUAGUGACGGUGAAGGACUGGAACCGUCUCGGACCCAAGAAGGCCAGUCUGUGUGCGAGGCGUCGGCUCGGUCAGACAGCUCCGCCAGCGUCCCAGAGGCAGCCAGCUGCCUGAGCCGCUCCCAGCCCGAGACUGACAGCGGCAUGGCUGCCUCCAGCAUGGACGCCUGCGACGCAAGCCCGACCAGCCAACAGGAGCCGGAGGAGACAGCGGCGCCUGACAGUGGCGUGUGUCCCGCCGAGCUCCCAGGCGAGCACGACAACGUGACAACAACAGAGGGCCAACUCUCUGCAACAACAGAGGGAGAACUCUCUAGAAGCCCUGAGGAGAUCGACUCCACAUCAACGGAACCCCAGAGACUGAUGUCUAAGGAGACACAGACAGAGAUGCUGCAGGAGGCUGCUGCCAUGGCUCAGACACAACCUGAGCAGGAGAAAACUGAACAAGAGGAACUAACAGCUGUGGAAGCUGCACAGGGAGAACAGGCAGAAGUCGUGACAGGUGGCAACGAGGCAGCAGAUGCUGUGCCCACACUCGGUGCCACAGGCGGGGGCGACAGGCCGUCCGAAGGUCUGGAGUGUCCUGGCGACCUGUCCUCUGGGGAUGACUUCACCGGCGACAGCCAGGACGAAGUGCCGGGUGAGAGCGCCAGUGCGGAUGCGCCGCGGAGCCACGCGUCUGAUUCCGGCUCGCCUCCCUCAGGAGACAGAGCCUCCACGGGCCGGCGCAAGAAGCCCCAGCGGCAGCACAGUUUCACCAAGUCCAAGUACAACACCGUGUCCUACCGCAAGAUCCGCAAGGGCAACACCCGGCAGAGGAUCGAUGAGUUUGAGGCCAUGAUGAACAUAUAGACUCCUUAGAGAAUCUGCACUCACAUAUCCAUAGCAUGACAUGGUUAACACCCAGGCCAUGGGUAACAACCAUCAUGACUAACAAGUAAUGAUUAUUCAGUUACUUGGGAACAAGGCAAACAUAAAUAUGUGCCCUUUGCAUGGUGACAGAUUGGUUUGGGAUGUCAGUCUGGACAGAGAUUUACAUCUGAAUAUUUAUGUUAGUGGAUAGGAUUGUGUUACACAGUCUAUGUAAUGUACUGAGCCGGAAUUCAGGGUAGAAUAUGUUAUAUAAGGUAGAAUAGUGAUAUACAUAAAAGCAAAAUGCUUAUGCAAAUGUUUAAAGAAGCCUAAAGCCUGUAAUCCUACUUGUGAGCAUUAACAUGAAUAUUACAAAUGGCACUAGAUAUAAUUUGCCUGUGUUUGUGCUUUUUAGAUAUCAUGUGCAUACCUACCGGUAUGUUUGGGCUGACUGGAGCAAAACUGGCAACUGGGACAUUCAAUUCAUUACUAACAAAUGAAAAACCCAAAUGAUAAUUUAAUCUUCACUUCAAGAGUUCAAGUAUUCAAAAAUACUUUAACCAUUCAUUAGUUUGUGGACGAAACAUAAAAUAUUCCAUGAGCACACAGAAUCUUUCAUAAAAAUAGCA